CGCGCGGCCGCGGUCCCGGAAGGGCGCCCAUGGAGCCCGGCCUGCCGGGCGAACGCCAGAGUAUGGCGCCUCUGUUGGAGUACGAGAGGCAGCAGGUGCUGGAACUGCUCGACAGCGACGGGCUGGUGGUGUGCGCCCGCGGGCUCGGCGCCGACCGGCUCCUCUACCAUUUCCUGCGGCUUCACUGCCACCCUGCCUGCCUGGUGCUGGUGCUCAACACGCAGCCUGCCGAGGAGGAGUACUUUAUCAAUCAGUUGAAGACAGAAGGAGUCAAACACCUUAAACAAGCAAGCAAGCAAGCAAGCAAGCAUCCGUUCUCUCUAAUUGCAGGCCAGGUGCUGAUCUGUGCGAGCGAUGACCGCACAUGCUGCCAGCUCAGAGACUACCUGACUGCUGGCGCAGAAGCCUUCCUACUGCGGCUCUACAGGAAAACCUUCGAGAAGGACGGCAAAGCUGAAGAAGUAUGGGUAAAUUUUAGAAAGGGAGAUGGCCCAAAGAGAACUAUGAAAUCUGACAAAAGACCCAAAGAUGCCCAAAACAAAGAGCGUGCUUCCGCCAAAAGGGGGGCUCUCAAAAGGAAGAAGAAGCGAGAGCUGACUCUGACGCAAGUGUUGGGGACUGCUGAGGAGCCGCCAGAGGAAGGGGCUGUGGAGGAAGACCUGCACAAACAGACCGGAAGUAGCCCAGAAGUCUGCGGGGGAGAGAUUGAGCAUGAAUCAUUUGAUUUAAACGUGUCAUCUGAUGCAGCCUAUGGCAUCCUGAAAGAGCCCCUGACCAUCAUCCAUCCGCUUCUGGGAUGCAGCGACCCCUAUGCCCUGACGCGAGUACUGCACGAGGUGGAGCCUAGAUAUGUGGUUCUGUAUGAUGCAGAGCUCACUUUUGUUCGGCAGCUGGAGAUCUACAGGGCCAGCAGGCCUGGGAAACCUCUGAGGGUUUACUUUUUUGUAUAUGGAGGCUCCACAGAAGAGCAGCGCUACCUGACUGCUCUGCGCAAAGAAAAGGAAGCGUUCGAAAAGCUCAUAAGGGAAAAGGCUAGCAUGGUUGUCCCUGAAGAACGGGAAGGCAGAGAUGAAACCAACCUGGACCUGGCAAGAGGCGCAGCAGCCAUGGACACUCCCACUGACACUCGGAAAGCUGGUGGCCAGGAGCGGAACGGCACACAGCCCAGCAUCGUGGUGGACAUGCGUGAGUUUCGGAGCGAGCUCCCAUCUCUAAUCCAUCGGAGGGGCAUUGACAUAGAGCCAGUGACUCUGGAAGUGGGUGAUUACAUCCUGACACCUGAGCUGUGUGUGGAGCGCAAAAGUGUGAGCGACCUCAUUGGCUCGCUGCACAGUGGCCGCCUAUACAGCCAGUGCCUAGCCAUGUCCCGCUACUACCGGAGGCCUGUGCUACUCAUCGAGUUUGACCCGAGCAAGCCCUUCUCCCUGGCACCACGGGGUGCCUUCGUCCAGGAGAUGAGCAGCAGUGAUGUGAGCUCUAAGCUCACACUCCUCACCUUGCACUUCCCACGCCUGCGGCUGCUCUGGUGCCCCUCGCCCCAUGCCACAGCCGAGCUGUUUGAGGAGCUGAAGCAGAACAAGCCACAGCCUGAUGCGGCCACAGCCAUGGCCAUCACCGCAGACUCAGAGACGCUACCUGAGUCAGACAGGUAUAACCCUGGCCCCCAAGAUUUUGUGCUAAAGAUGCCUGGGGUCAAUGCCAAGAAUUGUCGCUCCCUGAUGAAUCAGGUGCAGAACAUCGCAGAGCUGGCCACCCUGUCCCUGGAGCGGCUCACGGGUAUCCUGGGGCACUCGGGAAAUGCCAAGCAGCUGCACGACUUCCUGCACACUGCCUAUGCAGACUUGGUGUCCAGAGGCAGAGUGAGAAAGUGACUGCUCUCACACGGCUACAUAUCGUCAUUUGCAUAGCAUUCAUUCUUUCCCCAGGCAAUUAGGGCCUGGCAUUCUGUCCCCCAGGGCAUUUGUCCAGAAGCCAGGAUUUCCCCCUGGGCUCUGUGCUGAGGUGUGUGUUUGCCCCCUCUUGCUGGCUCUUGCCCCUCUGUGCUCUGUCUAUGCCAUGCCUGCAGUGACCCAUUUUCAGUAAGGUGUGGUGAGAUCAUGCCCCUUGAAGCAAACACAACCCAGUUUGCUUCUCAGGCGAGUGGAAGCACGCCAUCUUGGUCCUAACACUGGCUGCACAGGGCUUGGUAGGCCUGAGACACGGCUGCUGUUCCUAACGAGCUUCUUCACCUCCCACUCACAGAGACAAACUGGCUCACUAGUCUCCUGGUCACCAGGUAUAUGUAACAUGUACUGUGACUCGGUUGUUUAAACCAGUGUUUUUAACAGAAUUAAUUGCUUAUGGACAAGAUUUGAUGAGUUAAUAAAGGGCUCCUCAGAA